AUUUAUCUUUUUGUUAAAAUUUUCAAUUCUCAGAGUUUUGCAGAAUACAUGGUCACACACCUGCAUAUGAAUUACAUACUGUACAUUUUGAUCAAUAAACGUGUAGAAAUGAUGCAUCCUGAUAAUCAAUGCCAAAUUCAGGUAUUUAGUGUGACCCAGCUUUUAUAGAUGAAGUUGUUUAAGCCUAUCUGAUUUCGUAUUCCUGCUGUUUUUUAUGAAGGUGUCUCACUACAUCAAGACUUAUGAAUUUUAUAACACUGCGUCACAAGAUGACGAUUCAAAUGUUUUGUAAAAUUGAUUAUGUGGGCCGAUUUCCUUGUGUAUCUGCGAAGCUCAUUUGAUAAACAAGUAUAAGAGAGAAAUAUAUCGUGUUAUUGAUCCGCAGAUCCCGAAUUCAAAUCCUCCACUGUCUUUUGUUUAUAAUUUCACCAUCGAAAGAGUGAUACAAGCUCUCGAGUAUUUUAUAUAAUUUUUUUGUGAUUUAUCCCGGAAGGAUCAAAAAGGUGGUUUCUUUGCAAAUAAGAUAGGCCAUGUCUGAAAGUUUGAUUUUUUAUGGUUAUGAAACCAGAGCGCUGUUUGUUGGAACAUUUCGAUGGUCCCUAAUUUUUUAUUUAUAUACAAAUGAAUAAGUAGCGGUUUGUAUCGCGGUGGUUCAGCGGCAAGAACAUUCAUUGGCUUUGUGACCGGAACCGUGCUUGUGCUUGUGCUUUGGCCGUAUCAAACUCAUGACCUAGUAAUAACUGCUUCUUCACCAAACGCUCGGAAUUUGGAAGUGAAUGUCGCAGGUAUUUUGGAUUAUACCUAUAAAAAAACCCACAAAAAAACCAAGGUCCCAUGUCACAACCGGCGGUGGUACAGUAAAUAACUCACUACACUACGGCCUUGAACGCUACGCUAAAGUAGCGCUUUACCUACAGCUGAUGACGUCUUGAUAUCGGUGAAAAAUUCUGGACGGGGCGUAAAGCAAACAAACAAAUUAAAACAAACAAGAAAUCAUUAGAACAAAUAUUUCCAAUGCAGUUUUGACACUGGUUUCGUCUUACACCAUUGAAAACUUAAAAAAAAAAAUAUGUACGUAUAUCUAAAAAAAAUAAUAGAACAAUACUAGAAACCGGAAAUGUUUUAAUCUUUUGUUAAAUUAUCUAAGAUUAUAGCGAUAUUUUAUUUCUAUUUAUAACAAAUAUACCCUUUUAGAAUAAAAUCGUGCUAGUUCCGUGUCUGUCCAAAAGAAGAAGAAAAAUAACUCAUUGAUAUCUCAACCAAGCAGAUAUAGGACAUAUUUCUUCUGUUUAGCCGUGAAUGUAAUAAUAACGGUUUUAAAAAAAAGAAACAUUACCCAGCUUUUUAAAUAUUAUAUCCGACACCGUAUCUGAACUCUUUAAAGAAACAAGUUAAUUUGUUUCCUUCGCUAGCGGUUUAUGUUGGCAGUUUAUAGCUAUAAGAAUACCUCGGACUAGCAGGACAGUUUACUUUGUGGGGAUUUAAUUAAAACAAAGACCCGAGAUCUUGUCAGUCCAAGCGACACCUGAAUUGACAAGAGUCAUAAGACAGCUAGUAUUGUGAGGAUCGCGACAGGGGAAUAUAGUUUAUUAAUCAAUACAUGAUUAAAAAAAAGUAUAUUUAUAGGAUUUUGUAUGGGAAAACAUGACGAUCGAGGUUUUUGGCGCAUAGACGGACCAAGCUUGCGACUGACCUAAUUAGAGAUGCUGGAUAUAAAUCACUACCCUUCUGGAAACCUUGAUUUUUAUUUUUUUUUUUGUCUUUUAAUAAAUCUUCUCAAACUUGUCAAUAACGACCUGAAAAACAGGAAAUUGAACGUAAAACCACAUCUUCAUUAGCGGAGUACAAUAAUUAUUUGGUCAGAGUGCCAUGUAUUGAGCGAACGGAUUUUACAUUCAUGACUUGGAGAAGUGAAAUUCUUGGGAUAAUUGUUUUGUGCUUCAUUUUGCAAGAUUUUCGAUUGACACACGGUCUAGAAUGUUGGAAAUGUAUCCAGCAGGACUGUCACGUGGACCCUAGCACCAAUCAAAGAGCUGAAAAAGUCACGUGUGCUGCUGGUGAACACUGUUUGAAAGUGCGUUAUCAGAUGUUUCACAAUGAUUCCAACACACGAUACGACUCCGUUAUACGCACGUGCUCGUCCUACAAAUGUCCGCAGGUCACGGAGAAGGACUACGAAAGCUGUCUCGGCAACAUGAGAAAAUACAUGUUUCAGGGCUGUUCACUUCGCAGCUGCUGCAAUGAUAGGGACUUCUGCAAUACGGGAACCACUCCCGUGUCCUGGAGCUCUGCCACUGUGAUCUUCCCACUGAUCCUCCACAGCGUUAUUCUACAUUGUUGGCUUGAUCUUGCCAAUGAAAAUAUUUGAUUUUGUGGGGGUUAGAUGCAACUUUUCUGGAGAUAUAUAAUAUAUAUAAUAUAUAUAUAUAUAUAUAUAUAUAUUACUAUUUUAAAAUGUAACGCCUGAGGAUUAUGAAAUGUAAGCGCUUGCGUUAAAAUUUCAACUUUGUGUACUGUUUAUUUUAUUUCUUUUAAUAUAUAUAUAUAUAUAUGACCUCGUAUCUACUAUUAGAUCCGACACUUGGAUGUUGAGUGUUGUUGGAUUUUAGUGCUUUAUAUAUGUAUUAUAUAAAGGACUAAAAUCCAACAACACUCAACAUUCAAAGUGUCGGAUCUAAUAUCAAAUAUUUUUCAAAUCAAAUAUAAAAGGAUAUAAAAAGCACUAAAAAUGACCAAUAAACAUAAUCCAAAUAGAAAGAGUUGAUAUCACACAUUCAAAAUAAUCAAAUCUUACAAAUAUUUCUAUUCAUCUGAAGAUGGAUGUUAACAUCCAGAAAGUGUUAGAGAUUUGAAUAUAUUUUGAACUGCA